UCCGGCUGCAUCGUCUUCACACUUCACAGCACCUGAAGGCACCACCAAGUGACCAUGGCGUCGGUGUCGCUCAGUUCUCGCCUCAACAAGGCCGUCCGGCAGCAGUACAUGAACCUGCCUCAGGGAGGGAAGUGUCAGGUCACCUACAUCUGGAUCGACGGCACCGGAGAGGGACUCCGCAACAAGACCAGGACUCUGGACACAGAGCCUCAGUCCAUAGAAGAUAUUCCUGAGUGGAACUUCGACGGCUCGAGCACCUACCAGGCCGAAGGCUCCAACAGCGACAUGUACCUCAUUCCAGUCUGCAUGUUCAGGGAUCCGUUCACCCUCGACCCCAACAAACUGGUUCUCUGCGAGGUCCUCAAAUACAACCGCUUGCCUGCAGAAACGAACCAUCGAGCAAAGUGCAGCAAGGUGAUGGAGCAGGUCAAAGAGGACUGCAUCUGGUUCGGUAUGGAGCAGGAGUACACGCUUUUAGGAACAGACGGACAUCCUUUCAGUUGGCCUCCAAAUGGAUACCCAGCACCCCAAGGCCCUUACUACUGUGGUGUGGGAGCAGACAAAGCCUAUGGACGGGACAUUGUGGAGUGUCACUACAAGGCCUGCCUCUACGCCGGGGUGAAAAUCUACGGCACCAACGCUGAAGUCAUGCCGUCUCAGUGGGAGUUCCAGGUGGGUCCCUGCGAAGGCAUCGAGAUGGGCGACCACCUGUGGGUCGCUCGCUUCCUGCUGCAUCGUGUGUGUGAAGAUUUUGGGGUUGUGGCCACGAUGGACCCCAAACCGAUGAUGGGCAACUGGAACGGAGCCGGAUGCCACACGAACGUCAGCACCAAGCAGAUGAGGGAGGAAGGAGGACUGAAGUACAUCGAGGAGGCCAUCGAGAAACUUGGCAAAAGACACGCCGAGCACAUUCGAGUGUACGACCCCCGUGGUGGCGAGGACAACAUGAGGCGUCUCACAGGUCGCCACGAAACCGCCAACAUCAACGACUUCUCUGCCGGAGUGGCCAACCGGGGCGCCAGCGUCCGGAUCCCCCGACAGGUGGGCCAGGAGAUGAGGGGCUACUUCGAGGACCGGCGGCCUGCAGCCAACUGCGACCCCUACUCAGUGACGGGAGCCAUCGCCAGCACCUGCCUGCUGGAGGUGAAAGAGGAGCCUGAGGCCUAAAAUAGCUGCUCGUAGCCACACAAACCUGUCUGUGAGUUUACCUAAGCCGGGAGAAGAAGCUCCACACAAGGUGAAGAAAUGAAGGCUAACGCAGAGUGAAUGUCUGCUGCUGCACCGUUUGUUAUUUAUCUGAGUUUAUUCAUGUGCACAGGCAGCUGCUGUGUCUAGUAGCUGUUGUUAGAAAUAAGAAACUGAUAGGAUUUUUAUUUUUUAACAGCAGAUUCGUCAGACCUGGAAGUAGAUGUUUGAAUGUUACGCUGCAUUAAAUUAUUGAUCAUUGUUUCUUAGAGCGUGUGUUACAUGUGUUAGUUUGGGAGAAGUGAAAUAAAGAUGCAACAGUGCUGAAGUCUCUGAA